AAGAUCUUAUAGUCUAAAAUAGUAUCGAUUUUUAUAUUUUGCAACUUGUCUUUUAGUAAUUGUGUAAAAGAUUCGAAAUCCUGUACAUCAUUUCCAUGACUUACACUUGCAUCAGCAGUACGUUUUAAUACGGCCCCAACUCCAUCUGGAGCGCCUUUACCGUGGCCGGAUUCAGAGUAAUUCCAUGUUACACAUUUCAGGUCAGGGUAGUUCCAUUUCAAAGCUGUGAUAACAAAGUAUAUUUUAUAAUUUCGAUAUUGACUGCCAGCAGAAUCUGAAAUAAUAUGAAAGGUCUUUACUUGUGGGGAAUGUAUUCUAAGGAAAUCUAGUAACGGUUCCAUGUGGGCCCAUACCGCUGCUGAGUCAUGUCGCAGAUUUGGACUGAGAGUGGCAAAACAUUGUGUUUGUUUUUUUCUAUUAACAUCAAAGAAAUAAAGCACACUGGUGUGUAUGGUAAUUUGUGGCUUGCUUGCACCGAAGUGUGCGGAUUGAAUUUCUUUCGAGUAACCGCAUUUAUAAUUGGACGUAGUUAAGCAGAAAGGACUCAAUCCACACUUUGGCCAAAAUUGAGUUAAGUAUGCCAUCGUACUCCCGAGGGUCGAAUCUAUCAUAUAAUGAAAACCCUAGCUUUAAAAUGUACAUUCAAACUAGUUUUUUCACUACUAUGACUCAACCCACAAGUAUGAAGAGCAUACAAAAUGCAUUUGCUGAAAUAACUCAGUCCGCUUGAAUUGUUUUUGAGUAAUGAAGUUGCUAUGAAUGUGUUCCUAAGGUCGAUUAAACAGAAUAAACUCAAACAGUUUGAAUCCUUUCUAGGAAUUAGUUUUGAUUAGAAAUAUCAUUUUACUAAAUAACUGAAAAGACUCAAACAGAUUGGGUCGUUUCCGUGAUACAGGUUUACUGACAUAAAAUAUAUAUUUUUGUUUAUCAGAAACGACUCAAAACACUUGAGAUAUUACAGAAAAAGAGCUUUGAUGAACAGCGCAUUUAAUAUCAAAUAAUUUAGAAAUGACUCAAGCAGAAUAAGUCGUUAGUAAGAAAUAGAUGUUAGACUGAUAGUCAUAUACAUUUGAUUGAAUUGAAACGACUUAAAACAUUUGUGUAUAAAGUUUAUGUAAUAAUAAAUCAAUUUCUAUUUUAUUUAGAAGGACUCAAACUACCUAUUUCCCUUUUGUGAAUCAGGCCAAGUAGUGUAAUGAGUUCGGAAACUAUGGUCUGAAAUAAAAUUAUUUAGUUAUGCGUUGUUUUGAUGUCUUAAAAAUAAGAGUAAACACAACUUUCCAAAGAUUUUUAUAGUGGCAACAUUUUGUUGGUAAAUUAUUAUUCUCAAAAACUGGCAACUCUGCCAUUUUAUCUCACCUUGGGCUGGUGGACGCGUGUUUUGUUUUAUUUCAUUUUAAGUAUAUGAAACAAAAGAAGUGAAUUAAAAUGCGACGAAUUGAUCGAAUUUUGUUUAGUGCCUUGGGACAUAAGAUUAACGAAAGUACUGAGUUUUUAGAUGAAAGUGGCUUGGAAGAAAUUUCUGCAGCGGAGACUGUGCUGGAAUCUGUAAACGAUGACGUAGUUCCAACAGAUAUACCUGAGACUUCUUCAGGACUUGAAACAGAUGCGUCCAAGGACAUCACCUGCAAAGAUGCCGGAUUUCAAGAUAAUAGUAUUUCUUUGCGCUCUUCAGCGACUCCGGCUGUAACUAAAGUGGCUGAUAUUACGAAAUCAGAUGUUGAAUCUCCAGCUGCCCCUCCGUACUCUCCAUUGACACCACUUGUAACUUUGCGCAAAACCAUAGCGGAAACAUGUCUUGACUCACCAGCUGCUCCUGCAUAUUCUCCACUAACUCCUCUUGCUACGCGGAAAGAAGCUGAAAAAAAUAACUCACCAAUACCACCAAUGUCACCGAGUACAUUAGAGUUAUUCGAAACCCUCAGUCAAGAUUUGUCUACAGUUGAUCAUGCGUAUAUGGACCUUAAAGAAGAUGGAGACUAUGACGAUGAUACAGAAUCUGAUUAUGUACCUGACAGUGGAGAAGAAACUGAUUCUUCGACUUCAUCUGUAAAACAAAAAAGAAGGAAGAGCGUUGAAAUUCCCGAGAGUGACAGUUCGGAAAAUGAAACUAUAACAGAGGGUUUGAUUCAAACUCAUGUUGCUAUGGUUCACGAUAAUCAGAGUAAAACUGACAGAACCACACGAAUGCGACAUGAUGAUGAAAACCAAUUAAUUGUUACUAAUGCCGUUUACGAUGACAUAACGGUUGGUGAAAUAAUUUCAAUUUGUCAAAGCUCUGAUACUGAAGUCGCCCAUCCUAUUACUGAAAAUAAUAACACAUUGCAAACUAAGGGCCGCUCCAAAUGUGGACGCAAAAGAAAACAUCCAGAAUAUUGUAUCUCUGAGAAGAAGGGUAGGAAAUACAUGAACUUACCAUAUCAUGUCAAAGACAAACUAGUAAAAUCAAAAGUAUUCUAUGAUUAUACGUGCACUUGCAAGCAACUUUGUCAUUUACUUGUUCCAACAGAAACACGAAAACAAGAGUUUGAUAGGUUUGUAACAUUGGGGUCAUAUGAAGCUCAGCUGUUAUUUAUUUUGAAUAAUGUCAAAGAAUCUGAAAAAGCUCGAUCAUAUAAUAUUUUAACUAAGACCAAAACCGGCAAAAGCAAACCUCGACAGUAUCGAAGAAACUACUAUAUUGCUGGAAACGUCGUCUGUAAGCAAAUGUUUUUGAAAAAUUUUCAAAUAUCGUCUAAAAGAGUUGACACAUGUUUGACCAAAAAGCGAACAGAUGAAACUUUCAACGACAAAAGGGGUUUAAAACAAGGUGGUUGGAACAAGACUCCUGAAGAAGACAUCGAUUUUGUCAAAAAUAUCAUUAAUUCCCUCCCAAAAUACGAAUCUCAUUACAGAAGAGAACGAAACAAUGGCACGCAAUAUUUAAAACUUGGUAUGACUAUCCAAAAAAUUUACGACAUCUACCUUGCAGAAUUAAAACAAGUGUACGGCAGCGAGAAGAAAUGCGUCUCUUUUGCUACCCUGAAGCUUAUAUUUUAUACGAAUUUCAAUCUCCGUUGUAAACCGUUAAAAAAAGAUACAUGCAAGAAAUGUGAUUUAUUAGCCCUAGAGAUCAAGAAGUGUUGUGUACCAGAAGAAAAAGAACAGUUAAUUCUACAAAGAGAUUUACAUCAAAUGAGAGCGGAAGAAUUACGUAAGCAAAUGUCUCAAGACAUGGCUCGGGCUAAAACAGAUCCCAAAUUUGAAUGUCUUACCUACAACCUCGAAAAAACGUUGCCAUUACCCCGAAUACCGACUAACAUAGUAUUUUACAAACGUCAGCUUUGGGUAUACAAUGCUGGGAUUCACGUUGGCUCUAACGACCAAGGACGAUGUAACAUCUGGGUUGAAGGUGAAGCCGGACGAGGAGCCCAAGAAGUUGGCUCGUGCCUCAUUAAUUUCAUAAAAAAUGAUAUGAGAGAUGGCGUAGAGAAUUUAGUCCUUUGGAGCGAUUGCUGCGGAGGACAAAAUAGAAAUAUUAAAAUAAUCCUGAUGCUGAAAACUGUACUCAAUAGCCACCCAAAUCUUGAAACGAUAACUUUCAAAUAUCUAGAAUCCGGCCAUUCUUUUUUGCCUAAUGACACUGACUUCAGCAAAAUUGAAUGUGAGCUCAAGCAUCAUGAGCGCAUUUACACCGUAGAAGAAUACAUGAAUAUCAUGAAAAUCUGUAAAAAGAAAAAUCCCCUUCAGGUCAUCAGAAUGAAUAAACAACAUUUUUUAAGCACAAAACACAUUGAAAAAAAAAUAGUUAACCGCAAAAUAUGUACAAAUAAAAAUAAAGUAAACUGGUUGAAAACCAAACAAAUUUUAUUGAAAAAAGAAGAUCCAUAUUUAAUUACGAUGACGUUAGAGAGUGGAGAAAUUCAAAACCUGGAUGUGUCGAAAAAAAGCAAAGGGAUUUCUAUCCAAUUUUCGGAAGAAGAUUUUGACCUUCUUUGGCCCCAGGGCAAAGCCAUUCCUCAAGCAAAGCUCGAAGAUCUCAGAUCGAUGUAUUCUUUAAUACCCGAAGACUGUCACGAGUUUUACGAUAGCCUUAAAGGAAACAGCUGUACCAGUGAGUAUGUUGAUGGAUACGGGCCAUCCCUUGAUUUCGACCUGGAGGACAGUUAAUUGAUCAACUUUUGAACUGUAUUUUCUAUUUUGUUUUAAAGUUUAUGAUGA